GCGUGCUAAGUACCUUUGGUCACCUGUUUCUUAGUAUUUGACUUGCUUGCAUGUGUCAACGCGCAGCUAGCUAAUGUUAGCUUGGCUAGCUCAGAGGAGAAAGUGUGUUUGCGGUCGUUUUGACAGCUCGUCAGAAAUAGAAAACAUAUUCUGGUCAGUUGGAGGUUAUAAUGGCUUCCGGAUCUGUGUUGACAACAUAAUCGGUCCACAAUAAUAUGCAUUAGAGAGGAGAAAAAGCCAAGGUUAUCUAACCAGUCGCGUAGAUGUUUCAUUGGUUUCGAGAGACGUGACACCAAACUCCCUUUAAAAAUCUCAACAUUUAAGGAUGUUUUUCUGAUUCCCCAAUAUAGUUUAUUAACGUGACUGUACGUAUUAGUAGGAACACUUGUUUCAUUUCUGUUAGGCUAAAAUGCUGUACAUCAACAAUCCAGCUAUUCCCAAAACACAACGUGUUUUGUACCAAGCUGCAUUAGGAACUGUGACAUUUGUAACGUUACUGUUAUUGACACGAGGUGCUGUUUGACGGAUCUGUUGAAGGCCGAAAUUAUCUAAAUACAUUGCCAAUUUUAGAAAAGUCUCACAUUAUGUUACUAGAUACUUGUACGCCUUUCAGAAAGAAACAUGGCGUUAAAUAGCAAUUUUUGAGCGAGGAUCCCUUCAGAAGAAAUCGCAGAGUAACUUGGCUGCAGCCUACACGCAGUAUGCAGGAUCCAAUUUUGCAAAAUUCAAGAGAGUGAUCAGUCAUCCUGUUGUUUUAAGGUAGGUACUCAAUACAGUUCACCAGUGAAGAACUAUAUUAAGUAAGUCUUUACACACAAUGACAUCAAAGUACACUGUGACUGACCAGUUGCUGUCAUGUAGUGACUUGAAAUACUGAAACUUUCUUCCCCUUCUACCUGUGUGUCAGUAGUCUUGAACUUGGAUGUAAACAAAAAACAGAGCUGGGACUGGAGAAGACUUGUGUCUUAUUGUCUCGAUUCUUCCGAGAUGGACGUUGGAGUGUCCAAGUCCCAUGUGUUUCUCAACUACAGCCCCAGAGCCCUCUUCUCCCAGUGGAGCAUCCCGCUGGGUGCACGGCGUGUCAUGGAUGCAGUAAAGGAGGGUCACAAGAGCGGCCUGAGCUCAGGCAAAAUGGUGGCUCUGGCUGCGGGGCUCUCUGUCGGGGCCACAGUGGGCUACAUGAUCUAUCGCCACAUAAGUAGCACCGACAGCAGUCAGGAGCCCAACACCGAGGUGUCCAAGAUGACACUUCCUAUAGAGGUUUAUAGGAACAUAUCCAGAUACCAGGCCAGGUUUUUGGACAUGGUGACCCAAAAGUCUGGAGCUCAUGUGAGGGUUUUGUCAGACUCAGGGGAGCCUGGAUGUAAGACGGCUGUAUGUUUCCUGCUGCAGGGCUCGAAAGAGCAGGUCUUGCUGGCCCAGUGCGUCCUGGAGAACCUGGUCACUGACUGUGAACCAGUGGCCGAGGCUUUGGAGGUUCCUCAGACCGCCUUCGGACGUAUAAUAGGCCGUGGUGGGGAGAGCUUGAAACUGAUCACCAGGACCACGGGGGCCAAAGUGGCUUGUUCCAAGGAGAAGACGCACAGUCCCAGUGCAAAGGGCACCGUGACUAUCACAGGAUCCAGACAGGAGGUGAAACAGGCAAAGGAGCUAAUUCUAGAGAAAGUCAGAGAGGACAUGAUGGUGAGGACAAAGAUCUCACAGUCGUCUGCCCUGCGGCAGAAACGUGGCCACACUGCUUUGAACCAGAGGCCCGACAGCACAGAGACUGAAGCACCAGUGGGCUUGAACAACAACGGUCCCUACCCCCAGGCAGAGAAAAAUGGGCUUAUCCACGCCAAUGGGACCACAGGAGAACCAGAGGACAUGCUAGACACGACGGAGGAGCUGGAAAUCACCAACACAGACAACAAGCAGGAGGAGGAGAGUUUCUCCACAGACUCUCUCUCCGAAAUUUCCAAGUUUGAAAUUCCCAGUCCAGACCUGAGCUUCCAGCCUGAUGAACAUCUCGAGGUUUAUGUUUCUGCUUUUGAGAACCCAAACCACUUCUGGAUCCAGAUCCUGGGGGUUCGCUCCCUGCAGCUGGACAAACUGAUCGAAGAGAUGAACCGCUUCUACAACAGUGACAACCCCACUGAGCAGAGGGUGGAGACCAUUGUGGUGGGGGACAUUGUGGCUGCUCCCUACCGAGACCACGGGACGUGGAACAGGGCCAGAGUGCUGGGAGUCCUGGGCUCUGGACUGGUGGACCUCUACUAUGUUGACUUCGGCGACAACGGGGAGCUGCCCAGAGACAGCCUCUGCCGUAUGAGGAGUGACUUCCUCAGCUUGCCAUUCCAAGCUAUUGAGUGCAAUUUAGCAGGAGUGAGACCAAAAGGAGAGGUGUGGACUGAGGCGGCCCUUGAUGAGUUUGAGCAGCUCACAUACUGUGCCUCCUGGAGACCCCUGCAGGCCAAACUCUGCAGCUACUCUCACUCUGAGAUCUCCUCCUGGCCCAGUGUCAAGCUCUAUGACAACAGUGACGGCAAGGCUGUAGAUAUUGGUGAGGAGCUCAUACGGCUUGGCCACGCUGUCAGCUUCCAGGAAGUGGUGAACAGGAGGACUGAGGGAGACAAUCUUGGCAGUCUGCAGAGGAUGCUUGAUGACGUGAUCGGAGCAUCAUCAGAGCUAAGUCUCUCCUGUAUCAGCUUAUCAGAAGCUGCCUCAAUCUCAGGAAGCGUUGAUGAUGUCAUAGAGGACGAGCUCCUUUGAGACCAAAGACGCACAUACAUGUAAAGCGCUGACCAUCCACUCCUCAGCAUCAGUUCAAAUGAGAUGAAGGGGACAUUUGCUUGUCCGACCCAAACUCAACCGCAUAAAUCCUCAUUGAAGCCUUACCUACUUGACAAGCGGCAGUUCUUCCAGCCAUAUUUGCUUUCUUGUUGUUACUUCUGUACAAGAUGGAUUCUUAUGUUUUGCUUUAUGCUGUUCUGUUGUUACUAAUGCCACUUUGCUUAUUUGUGUUGUUACUGUGUUAACUAUUUUGUGUUCAAGAAUUGCAGAGAGGAACAAAAACAGAAUGCCAGUAUUAUUUCUGAAAAGCACUGUGAUACGAGUCACUGGAACCAGAAAGCAGCUGGUUAGCUAACAGUGUCUAGAUUUUCUCUUUACUUGUAUGUGUAUUAAGAUUUAAAGGCCUAUAUAUUGAGCUUCACAAGUUAUUAUAUUUUGGAAAUGGCCAUAUGGUGUUAUUGAAUGUGGUCCUCAGAUUGUGUUCAGUAUAAAAAUGUGGCAUCUACUGUAUCAUUAAUUAAGGACAGAGGAAAGUGGUAGCUCGUCUUCAGAGAUGUAGUAGACUGCACUAUAUAUAAUAAAGGAUUUAUUUUAUGUCACAAGAAUUGUUUGGUCUUUU